CGUUUGACCCCGGGAAAGUUUUUGUUCGUCCUUCUGUGUGUCGGUUUCGUAACUCGUUCGGACCCGGUCUCUGCAGGUUUAGCCUGGCUCGGUUCGCGCGCUAACAUGUCCCGGGUUCUGAUCGUGGGAGCGGGCCUGACGGGCAGCUUGUGCGCAUGUCUGCUGAGGAGAGAGCUGCAGAACACGGUUCGGAUUGUGGUGUGGGACAAAGCGAGGGGCGCAGGUGAGACAGACAGAAGUCCGUUCAUGAAACUGCACAGUUUCCGUUUCCGGUGCCGUGACGGGAAGACGGACACGCCGCAGAACAUCAGUGACGCGUUUUUGUACCAGAGAAGCCUCCUCUGUAACUCGGCUCGGCUGUGAUCAGUGUUCAUACGUCACUUUGUGCAAAUAACGUUAUAGCACGAGUUUGUCACCUGCUGAGGGCGAAUGACGUCAGUAUAUAGCAGGUAGCUGUCAUCCCCACAGACACCCUCACCUGUAACAGAAACAGGAACUUCCACCAGCAUCUGUUUACACUCACCUGACAUUUCAUUAGGUACACUGGUGCCAGGUCAGACCCCCUGUAAUUCUUCGUGUACAUCAUCUUCAUCAUCCUGAGGCUCAGUUUGAACAGAUGAUGAAAUUCCAGCUGCCAGAUUAAAAAGAGGGCUGUCACCCAUAAUCAGGUUUUGAUGAAUAACAACAUGAUGAAGGCAGAUCUGGUUUAUUUGGGAGUUUGUGUAAUUUGAUUGUGUUGAACAUCAUAAAACCGCCUGUCAUGAACUGUCUGCCAUCACAUUCACCUACAGACGGGAUUCAUGUCACGGGAUAUCCCUGAAUAAUAAACACACUGGCUGAUGACCCCACUUUACUUUAAAAAACACUAAAUUCCGACUGCAUUACAAACCGUAAACACUUUCUCAGAGCUCCAGAGUCACAGGCGGCAGGAUGUCCACCAGCCGCGCUCCCGACGCCUCGUCUCAAUCGGCUGAUCUGGGAGCGCAGUACAUCUCAGCCACGCCCACCUAUGCUUGCUCCCACCACAGGUUUUACUCUGAGCUCCUGUCUGCGGGCCUCCUGCAGCCCCUCGACUGUCCCAUCGAAGGUCUGAAGGACCACGAGGGCACCGAGAACUACGUGACGCCACUGGGCACGAGCAGCAUCGUCAAGCACUUCCUGUCACAGUCAGGAGCCAAUUUGUUCCUUGAGCAUCACGUGACCGGCCUGUAUCGCCGUGGUGCAUCGUGGGAGGUCGAGAGGAAGGCAGGAGCCAGCGAGACGUUUGACGCCGUCGUCCUGACAAUGCCGGUCCCUCAGAUCCUGCAGCUGCAGGGAGACCUGGGACAAUUGCUGUCUGUCCAGCAGAGGCAGCAGCUGGAGGGCGUUGUCUACUCGUCCCGCUUCGCCCUCGCGCUCUUCUUCCCCCCCGACGCCGUCCUGAAAGUUCCCUGGGGGGCAAAGUACGUCACGGACAGCAGCUGCAUCUGCUACGUCGCCGUGGACUCCAAGAAGCGCGGUGCAGACGCUCCGGGCCGCGGCCCCUCCCUCGUCGUACAUACCGGCGUCCCUUUUGGCCUGGAACACCUGGAGCGAGACAAGGAGGAUGUCCAGCCAAUCAUCUUGCGGGAGCUGCACAGGCUGCUGCCUGGCCUGCCUCAACCAAUCAGCAUCAAGUGUCAGAAGUGGCGGUACUCACAGGUGCAGACCUCAGUGCCUGACUGUCCGGGUCACAUGACCAUCCUGGACGAGCCGCUGCUUGUCUGCGGCGGCGACGCCUUCACCCACUCCAACUUUGAUGGCUGCGUGGAGUCCGCACUGAGCAUGCUCAGAGUGCUUAAGGCCAAAUUUGCCUGAUCGAUCAUUAAACUGAUCAAUCACAAUGUUUCUUCUGUCGAUCAAUCAACUGCAGAUUUGUGAGCUUGUGCUGCGUUCACUAACGUUAUUAAAAAGUUUGUUAAAACCAU